UGGCUCUGUGUGUUACAGACCAAGAAGAGAAGAAACAACGGUCGUGCCAAGAAGGGCCGUGGACAUGUGCAGCCCAUCCGCUGCACAAACUGCGCCCGCUGCGUCCCCAAGGACAAGGCCAUUAAGAAGUUUGUCAUCAGGAACAUUGUGGAGGCAGCGGCUGUGAGAGACAUCUCAGAUGCCAGCGUCUUCGACUCUUAUGUUCUGCCCAAGCUCUACGUGAAGCUGCACUACUGUGUCAGCUGUGCCAUCCACAGCAAAGUGGUGAGGAACCGCUCCUGUGAGGCCAGGAAGGACCGAACCCCACCACCAAGAUUCAGGCCCGCUGCUGGCGCACCAAGAGCUCCUCCAAAACCAAUGUAAAGUGAAAUCUGAAGAUGCUGUGUUCCUGAAAAAGAAAAUUAAAACACCUUUACAAAACUUGAA